CGGGCCCGGAGAGGCGGAGACGCUUCGAAGCUGCUGCCGCUCGGGAUCACUGGCGUCUCCCGGACCCUACGGACCGGAUCCGCUUUCCUACCACAGGCUGCCCCGCCCGACCCCUCGCUCACCAGCCGCAGCUGCCCGGGCCUGGUCAUGGGCUUGCCGCCCCCCACCCAGCAUUAUUUCCGAUCGGACAGCAGCGACUCUUCGGCGUGCAUGAUGGGGGCCUCCGAGGAUCCCGAGGUCCCGAGGAGGAAGCCGGGGAGGUCGGGGUCUUGUAGCCCCGCGUGGCUCGCCACGACGGCUAUGGCCAUCCUGGCGCUGCAGGUCGCCUCCACCACUGGCCUCUUUGUCUAUUUCACCAUGUCCAUUUCCAAGUUAAAGACGCAGGCCCAGGGGAUUCCAGAGGAGUUGAAGUGCCUCCAGUUGCUCACCAGCCUGCACGAGAACCCGAACUUGGAGGAGCUGCUCCACAACCAGACGUGCCUCAAGCUCAUGGGCAGUGUCAAAUCGUACGUGACCUCGGUAACUGAAAACAUUCUCCACCGGAGUUUACAGAAAGGUUUGACAAGCACCUCUCCGGGCACGGAGGGACAGCCUCCAAUGCCACACCCAUUCUCCACAGGAGCUCAGCCCUCAGCCCAUGUUACCCUCAUCCCCUACACUGUUGCCAAUUCGGGCAACCUUGACCACCUUGGGGAGCUGCCCCAGUCCUGCCGCUACCCUCUGCACAACUGGGAGUCUCGAGGCCUGCUCUCCCACCUUCGGAACAUCACCUUCAAGGCAGGUGCGCUGAGAGUCAGCCAGGGGGGCAAGUACUACGUGUACUCUCAGAUCUACUUCCGCUACCCAGCAGAGGCUGAAGGAAGCCAGCCCACAAGCCAGCAGCUGGUACAGUGCAUUAGCAGGCAGACGGCCUACCGCCAGCCCAUCCUGCUCCUCAAAGGCGUAGCCACCAAGUGCUGGUCUCCAGAGGCUGAGUAUGGCCUCCAUGCCAUCUACCAGGGGGGUCUCUUUGAGCUGAAAGCAGGGGAUGAGCUCCUGGUAUCUGUCUCUUCCCUGGCUGUGGAUGAUACUGAUGGCACCUCCAGUUACUUUGGGGCCUUCCGGUUGGCUAUGUAAGAAGCCUCUGGCUCCAGUUUAAGGAGUGUUAGGGGCCAGCUUUUCCUCUGAAAUUGACUUGUCCGAUUGGAAUGCCUAAUGUCUUUGCUCCAGCUGGCCUUCCUGGGACCACGGGACCAACUCCAGCCCUGGGAGGCGGUGGCCUUAUUCACCCACUGCCCCAAGGAGGCUCGGAAAGAUCCCAAAGGACAGAGAACUGGAUUUUCCUUUUCUGCCUAGGUGGUAAUUGGGGGUGGGGAGUUGGGCUUGGGGGGUGUCAUUCUAAGCACUGUGUCCUUCUCAUUGUUCUCCAGCUCUAGGGAGGAGGCAGACUGAUGGGGGGAGGGGCAGGAGUUCAGAACCUCUGUGAUCUGAAGGGAAAGUUGAACAAAGGACUCUGAGUACCAGGGGAUGGAGAUGGGGGGUGGGGGGGGUAGCCCUAUGAGUGUGUCUAGUUGACCUAGCUAGGGAUACUCGGCCAGAAAAUUCACUUCCUUCUGCAGGACAAAGGCCAGCAGGCUUCAUAGAACUGAGAGUAUGGAGCAGGAGGAGCCCGGGUACAGAAAAGCCAGCUCCCUGCCCUGCUCCCUCCCCACCCCCCAUUCCAGGAUUUGCCUUUAGAUGUCUCUUUACUACUUUCCAACAUUCUAAAGGAAGCAAGUGGUCUAGAAAGAGUCUCCAGAGCAUUUUAGCUCUGGCUCCUGGAAGUCUUGACCCUAGGAGCAAAGUGGAAGGACAGCUCACCUGGAGGGGGUCUUGGAGCCAGCCAGCAUCCCUCUCUUCCUGGCCUAGCCCAAGUGAAAGAGCUUACUGCUUCCCCUGGAGGAGGUGACCCCUGGGAACAGAGACCUACCCCACCCCCAACAGAAUAGAGAGUUCUGGCUCUCAGUCUGUGGCCCUGAAGCCACCCAAGGGGGUCCUACCAGGAUCACUCCUGACCUUGGGACCCUCUGCUAUCUGAGCCAAAGGCCAGAGGAAGUCACAGUGGAGGAGUUGGGUUAGG